GCUGAUGUAGUAAUAUUGGUAUUACUAUAUACGUGCUCUAGAAAGUUCAGGCUUAAUUUCAUGUCUUAACAACAGCAAGUAGUAGCAGCUUGUCGAAUGGCUUUUUGGAGAAAAAGAUAUAGAAUAACACACGUUUGUUUUGGCUAUUUGAAUCCUCUUCUACUUCCUCUUGUUAUGCUGCGAAAACAUUCGAGGGGGUUGGCGUUCUGCGGCUGUUUGCAUAUGUCAACGCGUGUCGCUUUACUACCAACUUGGCUCACGAUCCGCCCGGGCCCAGGAUUGGUUGAGGAGUAUAUUGGCAAAUGGUGCGGACAUAUAAAUGCAUGGGAUGGAUGGUGAAGGGUGAAUUGCCAUACCACAUCUUCCGCCACAAUGUCCACCGCUCUGGUACCUAGCCAUUUUUCACUUCACUUUGCCGUGAGGAAGAACAUCCUAGCAUUCCCCAAGUACGUCACGUCGACCUCGGACGACGUGCAGGAGCGUGCAGCAGUUCUCUUGGACGCCAACGAGAACUCGGCCGGAAGCUGUUUGGCGCCUGAAGCAGAAAUCGGCGGCGGAUGCCCGCAGGACACGAUUGAUCUGAGCAAUUUGAACCGCUAUCCGUCUGCCUCACACAAAAGCCUUCGGCAGAGAAUCGUACAAUGGCGGCGACUGGAAAGUAUUGAGCAGGUGUGCGUAGGAUCAGGUGCUUCGGAUAUUAUCGACGUGAUUAUCCGGGCAACUUGCACACCCGGGAGUGCGAGCAUUCUCGUCACUCCCCCAACAUUCGACUUUUAUCGCGUUUGCGCCCGGCUGCAUGAUGUUGGAGUUACCGAAUGCAGUCAAGAGAUGACCGCAGACGGCGACUUCCGCUUGCCGAUUGAUCAUAUAUGCGCCGCGCUCUCGACGGAUGAGCGUAUCAAAGUGGUGUUCCUGGCCUCGCCAGGCAAUCCGACGGGCAGUCUAAUUCCCCUAGAGCAGAUUCUACGCAUCCUGAAUCUCAAGGAAUUUCGGGGCAUUCUUGUUGUUGACGAGGCGUACAUCGACUUCGCAGCCGCUCCGGAGCGCGCAUCAGCCGUGCAGCUAUUGGCCAAGUACAACAACCUAAUUGUCGUACAGUCGCUCAGCAAGUCGCAUGGCCUGGCGGGGAUCCGCGUCGGCAUGGCCAUGGCCCAUCCCAUCCUCAUCAGCAUGCUGGGCAAAGUGCAAAUGCCAUACCGACUGUCAAGCGUGACGCUAGGGUUAGCCUGCGAAGCACUGUCCGCAGACGGCCUCGCCCGGGCAACCGAGCUGCAGCGUCAGGUUGUGCAGAACCGUACUAGGCUGACGCAGCUUCUGAUCGAUCCCGCGCUAGCAUCAAGCGGGAUUGGGCCCCCACUUGGUGGCUUGGCGGCCAACUUCGUGCUUGUGCCCAUCUACGCCAAACAGCCAUCAGCAUCAGGCGCGUGUCAGCGCGACGAUGCGCGAGCGAAGCGCAUCGUUUGGCGACUCCGCACCAGCCAUGACAUAGCUGUGCGCCAUGUUGGGGGCCAGGUCGGCUGCAGUGCAUGUGUGAGGAUCACCGUGGGCACAGUCUCGGAGUUGAAAGCGCUGCACACGGCGCUCAGACACGUCGCCGAGUGCUAGGACGCUGGAGAUGGGAAGAGAAAGGACUUACGCGUGAUCCUUGCAAGACUGGGUCACAAAGCAACGUAUGCAAUACAUGUAUCCAAGUACGUAGACAGAUGAACCCCUAUAGGACUGCUCUCGUAGACAUUACUC